AUGGUGACAUUUCUGUUUAAAGACUCAGUUUCAUCUUAAUAAGUGAGCUUUGGGUCUGGGGAGAUGGCAGACAGUGCAGGGCUGCAGUUCGUCAGCCCCUAUGCGUUUGAAGCCAUGCAGAAGGUGGACGUGGUGCGUCUGGCUGCCCUGAGCGACCCAGAGCUCAGGCUGCUGCUGCCCUGCCUGGUGAGGAUGGCUCUCUGUGCUCCUGCUGAUCAGAGCCAGUCGUGGGCGCAGGACAAGAAGCUCAUCCUCCGCCUGCUCUCUGGAGUGGAAGCUGUCAACUCCAUCGUGGCGCUGCUGUCGGUGGACUUUCAUGCCUUGGAGCAGGACGCACGGAAGGAGCAGCAGCUCAGGCACAAGGCGGGCGGCUCGAAUGGGGAGAGCAUCCUGGUGUCACAGCUGCAGCAUGGCCUGACCCUGGAGUUUGAACACAGCGAUCCCCUCAGGAGGCUCCGGCUGACCCUCAGUGAGCUGCUGGCCAUCAUGAACAAGGUGGCCGACUCCAACGGAGAGUUCUUCUUGAAGUCCUCUGAACUCUUUGAGAGUCCCGUGUACUUGGAGGAGGUGGCAGAUGUCCUCUGCAUUUUACAAGCAGAGCUGCCCUCCUUGCUGCCCAUCGUGGACGUGGCAGAAGCUCUACUUCACGUCCGCAAUGGCGACUGGUUCCUGUGCCUGCUGGUUGCCAACGUUCCCGACAGCUUCAAUGAAGUGUGCAGAGGUCUCAUCAAGAAUGGAGAGCGUCAGGAUGAAGAGAGCGUGGGUGGUCGGCGCAGGACCGAAGCCCUCAGGCAGCUGUGUCAGAUGAACCCCUCGCAGGCCCUCAACAUCAGAGCCAUGGUGGUGGAGGAGUGUCACCUGCCAGGUCUGGGCGUGGCUCUCACUCUGGACUACAAACCAGAAACAGCAGACGAGGCCGUCAGUCCUUUAGUUUCUUAUGUCAGCGGUCUGCUGCUGGGCACCAACAGCAAAGUCCGCACCUGGUUCAGCAUGUUCAUCCGUAACGGGCAGCAGCGCAAGAGAGAAAGCAGCUCGGUGCUGUGGCAGAUGCGCAGGCAGCUACUGCUGGAGCUGGUCGCCAUCUUGCCACGCUCGCGCAGCACCCAUGUGCCCAAUGACGGCGACAUGGAGGGGGAGGGCAGCUCAGGGUACUCCGGCCUCAGAGAGGAGCACGUGGUGAAGGCCAGCGCUCUGCUCCGGCUGUACUGUGCCCUCAUGGGCAUUGCGGGCCUCAGGCCUACAGAUGAAGAAGCAGAGCAGCUAUUACAGCUGAUGACCAGCCGGCCUCCUGCUACUCCUGCUGGUGUUCGCUUUGUCUCCUUGUCUUUCUGCAAGCUGCUCGCCUUCCCCACUCUGGUCAGCACUCCAGAGCAAGAACAGCUGAUGGUCAUGUGGCUCAGUUGGAUGAUCAAAGAGGAGGAGUACUUUGAGAGCGCUGCAGGCGUAUCUGCUUCUUUCGGAGAGAUGCUAUUACUGGUUGCCAUGUAUUUCCAUAGCAACCAGCUCAGCUCCAUUAUUGAGUUGGUGUGCUCUACUUUGGGGAUGAAGAUUGCCAUCAAGCCCAGCUCUCUGAGCAAGAUGAAGACGAUCUUCACUCAGGAAAUCUUCACUGAACAGGUGGUUACAGCCCAUGCGGUUCGAGUUGCGGUGACCAACAGCUUAAGCGCCACCAUCACAGGAUUUCUCCCCAUUCACUGCAUCUACCAGCUGCUCCGGAGCCGAGCCUUCACCAAGCACAAAGUGUCCAUCAAGGACUGGAUCUAUCGUCAGCUCUGCGAGACCACCACGCCCAUCCACACGCAGCUGAUUCCCUUGAUUGAUGCGUACAUCAACUCCAUCCUCACACCAGCUUCCAAGGCUAACCCCGAGGCCACCAACCAGCCUAUCACUGAGCAGGAGAUCCUCAAUGUCUUCCAGAGCUCUGCCGGGCAAGGGGAUUGUAGUCGAGGAGGACGGCAGCGCUACUCCAUCACCACCCAGCUCCUCAUCCUCUACUACAUCCUGUCUUAUGAGGAGAACCUGCUGGCUAGCACCAAACAACUGGCUCUGAUGCAGAGGAAGCCAAAGUCCUACUCAGCAGCCUUGAUGGACCAGAUCCCCAUUAAGUACUUAGUUACCCAGGCCCAGGGGCUGCAGCAGGAGCUGGGAGGUCUGCACUCGGCCCUGCUGAGGCUUCUCGCCACCAACUUCCCCCAUCUGUGUCUGGUGGAGGACUGGGUCUGUGAGGAGGAGGUGACUGGUACCCUGCCCCUGCUCCGGAGAAUGAUGCUGCCCAGCAACACCUGUAGAUACACUCAGAGCCAGCUCCACCAGGCCUUCCAGAAGUUGCCAUCCAGCAGUCCCAGGCUGAUGCGGAUCCUGGAGCAUUUAACGCUGCUGUCACCUGGAGACCUGAUCCCGUACGCAGAGGCCCUCACAGCCAGCAUGGCUCUGCUGCUGGAGCCCGCUGUGCCUCGCCGUAUACUGCAGACGCUCAACAAGCUGUGGAUGGGCCUCAACACUGUGAUGCCCCGCAGGCUGUGGGUGAUGACGGUGAACGCCCUCCAGCCGUCCGCUAAGCUGCUCCGGCAGCAGAGGUACACUCAGAACGACCUGAUGGUGGAUCCUCUCAUUGUGCUGCGCUGCGAUCAGAGGGUGUACAGGUGUCCUCCUUUGAUGGACAUUGUCCUUCACAUGCUGAACGGCUACCUGCUGGCCUCCAAAGCUUACCUGCAAUGCCACCUGAAGGAGACGGCCGACUUUGAUCGACAGAGCCAGACUGUUUCCAACCUGGGUGUUCCUGGACAACCAGACACACCUGAGGUCACCAGGGAGGAGCUGAAGAACGCCCUUCUAGCUGCACAGGACAGCGCAGCAGUCCAGAUCCUCCUGGAGGUGUGUCUGCCAACCUCCGAAGAGCAGCAGCUGGGGGCCACCACAGAAAGCCUGCUGAGGAGCAUUCGGGGCUCCGUGCCAGGGAAACCGAAACAGGGAAGCCUGGGGCCGAGAGCCAGAGGGGGCGUGGAGGAUGCUGAGCCAGAAGGAGGCCUGCUCAGUGACUUGAGGGAGGUGCAGUGUCUCAUCUGCUGUCUUCUGCAUCAGAUGUUCAUCGCUGACCCCAACAUCGCCAAGUUGGUUCACUUUCAGGGUUACCCUCAAGCUCUGCUGCCUCUCACUGUGGCAGGCAUCCCCUCCAUCCAUAUCUGUCUGGACUUCAUCCCAGAGCUGCUGGCCCAGCCCCAGCUGGAAAAGCAGAUCUUUGCGAUUCAGUUGCUGUCAUACCUGUGCACCCAGUACGCCUUACCCAAAUCCCUGAGCGUGGCCCGGUUGGCCAUCAGCGUCAUGGGAACCCUUCUAACAGUGCUGACUCGUGCCAAGCGGUUCUCUUUCUUCAUGCCCACCCUGCCAUGUCUGGUGGCCUUCUGCCAGGCCUUCCCUCCACUCUACGAUGACGUGGCGGCUCUGUUAGUACAAGUGGGCCAAGUCUGUGCUUCUGAUGUGGCCACUAAAGCCAGAGACAUCGACCCUCUCAUCGCCCGCCUGCAGCAUCUGAAAGAGAAACCUCAGGAGGCCGUGGCUCCAGGAGGAGGCUCCUCCAAGCUGACUCUGCCCCAGAAGACAGCCGAGGAGCUGGGUGGAGCCGACCCUGACGUCCAGCUCUGCUACUGCCUGGAGGCCACGUUCAUGGACAUUAUCAGCUCCACCCUUCACGGACUAUAGAACAUCUGGACAGAGUGCAGGGACUCGACUCAAAUCACCAACACUUCUAAGAGGGCUACUGUCAACAGAAAUAUCUUCAUGUGCUUCAAAUGGACUCUGAUGUCACCUCUGUCAAGGGCUUUCAGGUAACGAUGGGCUGUGGGCUGCUCUCGCUCUGUGCUCACGCUGGACCACAUGUCCGGUCUGGUCUGGUCUGUGUGGACUUACAGUGAAACACGCACUCUCCAACCGUCAGGCUCCGCUUCAAGAAUAAAUAAGUCAUGAUUUGCCGUUUAUUUAGAACACGUCAAAUGUUUGUGUGCUCGGUCACAAUUUGUAGAAAGUAAAAUACAGAAAAUGACAAAACGGGUUCAACUUUUCUGACCCCUGUAGGCAUAUUUUUCUAAUUUGCGAGUGUUGUCAACUUGUUUCUCACAUGUAAAAACAAAAAAAGGAAAGUGUUGCCUUGACAUGUGUCGAGCUUUUGUACUGUAUUUGUUUGUAAUAAAACAAAAUAUUUGACUGA